CGCAUGAUGGACGGACCCAAGAAUCUGAAUCGUGAAUGGCGCCAGCGCAAUCGCGGCCAACACUCACUAUGACUCGAAAUAUUGAAUUCCAUCCAAGCGCGCGCUUAUCGUCCAGCAGCAUGCAGCAGCGACUCCGCAUCGUGCCGCGCCGCGCCGCGCUCGCUCUCCCUCGCCUAUUCCCUUUCUCGCAUCUGUUAGGAUUCUUGAUUCAGAUUCUUGAUUGUGAUUUGCAAGACUCCGGCGUGCUCAGACCAUACGGUCUACCCAUGUAUCCUUAGCGCUUCACGCCGUACUGCUGCUGCAUGCAUCCAUAACUAAUCUCUAGCGCGACUGAUCUUUUGGGUCAAAGCUAGGUGACACGCGUGUAUGUACAUCUCUCGCGCCCGCGCCGCGCCACGGUCAAACGGUGGCCUAGCUAG